AUUGUCAUCUAUGAUAUUAUGAUCACGUUAUGGCGGGAGAGGUUGACAGCGAGAUGAAAGUUGUAGGAGAACCGUCUGUAAAUAUUGAUGUGUACCGAGAACUUGUGAAAACGUACAUUGAUCUUCAUUUAUACAGUGCUGCCCUCUUCUGGUCCGACAAAGUGGUAUCACUGAGCAAUGGAGACCCGAAGGAUGUGUUUUGGAUGGCUCAGUGCAUGUUUCACACGAAGCAGUACCACCGCGCUGCCCACGUAAUAUGCAGCAGAGGUCUCGAAAAAACGCACAUGGACUGCCAGUACAUCGCGGUGCGCAGCUUGCUGGAGGCACGCGAGCUCGGCACGGCCCUGCAGAUACUCGGCGAGAAUGAGCUGGGAUCCCGCGACGCCUCGGCCUCCGGGGGCGUCCCGCCAGGCGCCGGCGCCAGCACGGUGCAGCUGCGCGGGGCCCUGCUGCUCCUCAAGGGCCGGGUGCUGGAAGGCCUGGAGAACCGGGGGAUCGCCGUGGACUACUACCGCCAGGCCCUGCGCGCCGAUGUGCACUGCUACGAGGCCUUCGAGGCGCUCGUGCAGCACCAGAUGCUGUCCGCGCAGGAAGAGACGGAGCUGCUCGACUCGCUGCCCGUGGGCGAGCAGUGCUCCGCGAUGGGGGGGCAGCUGCUCCGCUUCCUGUACCAGAGCAAGCUGAAGAAGUACCACGCCCCGGGGGAGCUGCCCUGCCUGCCCCAGAGCCCGCUCGCCCCGCUGCGAGACAACCUGGACGUGCAGGUGUGCCGCGCCGAGCGGCACUACUACAACUGCAACUACCAGCGCUGCCUGCAGAUCACGGAGGAGGUGCUGAAGAAGGACCCGUACCACAGCGAGUGCCUGCCCGUGCACAUCGGCUGCCUCGUGGAGCUCAAGAAGUCGAUAAAGCUGUUCUACCUCGCGCACAAGCUGGUGGACCACUACCCGGAGAUGGCGGUCUCGUGGUUCGCCGUCGGCUGCUACUACUACGUCAUAGGCAAGAGCGACCCCGCCCGCCGGUACCUCGCCAAGGCCACGGCCGUGGACAAGCUGUUCGGGCCGGCGUGGCUCGCCUACGGACACUCCUUCGCCGCAGAGAACGAGCACGACCAGGCCAUGGCCGCCUACUUCAAGGCCUCCCAGCUCAUGAAGGGGUGCCACCUGCCUCUGCUUUACAUCGGGCUGGAGUACGGCCUCACCAACAACGUCAAGCUGGCGGACAAGUUCUUCCAGCAGGCCCUCAGCAUCGCGCCGCACGACCCCUUCGUCAUCCACGAGAUGGGUGUCAUCGCCUUCCAGAACCAAAACUACGAGCUGGCGGAGAAGCACUUCCUGGCGGCGCUGGGCGUCGUGGAGGGCGUGAAGGAGCCGGUGCUGGCCGAGAAGUGGGAGGCGCUGCUCAACAACCUGGGCCACGCCUGCCGCAAGCUGCGCAAGUACCCGCAGGCCCUGGAGUACCACCGCCAGGCCCUGGUGCUGUCGCCGCUCAACCCCUCCACGUACUCCGCCAUGGGCUACGUGCACUCGCUGCAGGGGGACACCUCGCAGGCCGUGGACCUGUUCCACAAGGCCCUGGGCAUCCGUCGGGACGACACCUUCAGCACCACCAUGCUGGGCUACGUGGUGGAGCAGCUGGUCGACUCUUCCCCGGCCUUCCCAGGGGCCCCGGAGAAGUUGCCCAUGAUCGUGGAGCUGGACCUGUCCUCGGAUCAGCCCCGCGCGGUGACCCCGGACGUCCAGCCAGUCCCCGCCACGGUGUCCACCGCGUCCGCCGACACGGACUCUUCCUCGCAGUCCGUGCUGAUGAGCCUCGAUGCGGAUCCGUCGGACUCCGCCGUAUCUUAGCGCCCUUCCCCUCCGUGACCGGGGGGGGGGGGGGGGGGGGGGGAGCUAGCGAGUGCACGCUGUGAGACGGGACAGUUCUCCAGAUCGAACAGGCAAAAAAAAUAAUUUAUAAGGUCUUUUGUUUCUCCUCGUAAUUUAUAAAUUACUGUAUUUACCUGAACAUAAUGCAAGGGUUUUUUUUUACCGAAACUGCGGAAACUAGAAGUGGGGGGGGGGGGGGGGUCUCGUUAUAAUUGCAAACUUGCUUUUUGCCACCGGGAACAGCUUAGUUUAAGAGCUACACGCUCUGCCUGUAAACUGCAUCACUUACGCCACUUUAGUCCGGGGCUUGCUGGACCUCAGCAUGAGUGAGACAGAUGAGUGAUGCAGGGUGAAGGAGAGAGCAAAUGGGAGUUAGCCACUGGGUUCCUUCUGUUUCUCUUCACUGCGGCUACUGGCGACCUCCCAGACAACAACCGUAUAUCACACUACAUUCUUUUCUUUCAGAACAGCCACUGCCUUUGAACUACAAUCAUAAAAAAAAAAUUGUUUUUCUAACUGCAGCUGGGUGUUUCAAAAGAGACCAUGUACAUCCUCUACUGACAGAAGUGGCACUCAGAAAGGGUCUAGUAAAUAUGGAAAAAAUUUAAUAGUUCAAAUAAUUUUCAAGUGCUAUUUACUUGAAUUGCCAUUUCCAAUCCAUGGUAUUUUUUCAAUAAGUCACAAUAAAAUUUUGGGGUUGCAUUAUAUCCAGAGUCACAUUAUUUUCGGGUAAAUACGGUAAAUGUCUCCAAGAUUCCAAGAUUGUGUUUAUGAAAAUAUUUAAGAUGCUUAUGUUUAUGUUCGGUGAUGUACAUUUCCAUCGUGCGAGUAAUUCGCCUUUGAAAUAAAAUAAUUGUUCUGUAGAAAUGUAUAAAUAAAAAAAUUUUUAAGGAAAAAAAAA